GUAGAAGAUGAUGCAUGAUGCACGAGGGAAUCUCAUGCCAUCCAUGAAAAGAUCGCCUUCAGCUUCCAAACUACUCUUACCUUUCAGAAAAAUUAAAGCUAUUACUUCAUUUUCAGCAAACUUUUCUUCUCAAUUGCAUGGAUGCAUCACUUUAUUUUCCUUCUAAAGCUUGCUCGAGGAUUCGUGCCUAUUUCAUCUCCCUUUUCUCUCACCAUGAGGCUUCACGACCGCCGGGAUGAGCAGAUUUCAUUUUCUAACUCACUUUCUUUCAUAAACCCACAUCAAUUUGGAUAUUCCGGAGGUUUUUAACUGUUAAACCUCUCAGAUGUAUGCACUUUCAUCUUAGUUAGGAACUUAUUUAGAGGAACGAGAGUCGAACUAAACUUGCUCAUCUUAGUUCGGUUGAGGAUCGACCGCAUGCCUGGAAACAAGUUCAAUGGCAACUCAUCCAUCCCUUCAAGUCGUCUUGAAAGGCUCUUAAGGGAUAGAAAAAUAAGGAAGAACAACCGGAGUUAUCAGCCAAAUGAUCCUGAGCCUUAUGAGAAUGAUAAUGAGGAACCAUAUUUGGAUGGGAAUUAUUCUUCCAGACCAAAUGGUGAGGGAUACGAAAGGCCAUAUAGACAGAGAUUGUUGGUGGUGGCCAAUAGGCUGCCUGUGUCAGCAGUUAGGAGAGGUGAGGAAUCAUGGUCACUUGAGAUAAGUGCUGGUGGCCUAGUUACCGCUCUUCUUGGUGUCAAGGAAUUUGAGGCAAGAUGGAUUGGAUGGGCCGGUGUCAAUGUGCCAGAUGAGGCUGGUCAGAGAGCUCUUACCAAGGCUUUGGCUGAAAAGAGGUGUAUUCCUGUAUUUCUUGAUGAAGAUAUAGUCCACCAAUAUUACAAUGGCUAUUGCAACAACAUAUUGUGGCCACUUUUUCAUUACAUUGGACUUCCACAAGAAGACCGGCUUGCCACAACCAGAAGUUUUCAGUCUCAGUUUGCAGCAUAUAAAAAAGCAAAUCAGAUGUUUGCUGACGUUGUAAACCAACAUUAUCAAGAAGGGGAUGUUGUUUGGUGCCAUGAUUAUCAUCUCAUGUUUCUCCCAAAAUGUCUCAAGGAAUAUAAUAUCAAAAUGAAAGUUGGUUGGUUUCUCCACACACCAUUCCCCUCUUCUGAGAUUCACAGGACGUUGCCAUCUCGUUCUGAGCUGCUCCGGGCAGUUCUAGCUGCUGAUCUUGUUGGUUUUCAUACUUAUGAUUAUGCAAGGCACUUUGUGAGUGCAUGUACUCGUAUUCUCGGGCUUGAAGGUACUCCUGAAGGGGUUGAGGAUCAAGGCAGGCUAACUCGGGUGGCAGCUUUCCCUAUUGGGAUCGAUUCAGAUCGAUUCAUCCGAGCUCUUGAUAAUCCCAAAGUUCAAGAGCAUAUCAAAGAUUUAAAGGAAAGAUUUGCUGGGAGAAAGGUAAUGUUAGGCGUUGAUCGUCUAGACAUGAUUAAAGGAAUUCCUCAAAAGAUAUUGGCAUUUGAAAAGUUUCUGGAGGAAAAUCCUAGUUGGAGUGAAAAAGUGGUUUUGCUGCAAAUUGCGGUUCCAACUAGAACUGAUGUUCCAGAAUAUCAGAAGCUUACAAGCCAGGUCCAUGAAAUUGUAGGACGCAUAAAUGGAAGGUUUGGGACAUUGACUGCAGUUCCGAUACACCAUCUGGACCGCUCACUCGAUUUUCUUGCAUUAUGCGCACUGUAUGCUGUUACUGAUGUAGCUCUUGUCACAUCAUUGAGAGAUGGAAUGAAUCUCGUCAGCUACGAGUUUGUGGCAUGCCAAGAUGCAAAGAAAGGAGUUCUCAUUCUUAGUGAAUUUGCAGGGGCUGCCCAGUCUUUAGGUGCUGGAGCUAUUCUUGUAAAUCCAUGGAACAUUACUGAAGUUGCUGCUUCAAUUGGCCAAGCUUUAAAUAUGCCAGCUGAGGAAAGGGAAAAGCGGCAUAGGCAUAACUAUGCACAUGUGACAACUCACACUGCUCAAGAAUGGGCAGAAACUUUUGUAAGCGAGUUAAAUGAUACGGUUGUUGAAGCACAGUUAAGGAUAAGACAAGUGCCUCCUCAGCUUCCUGUUAGAGAUGCAAUUGAACAUUACUUACAAUCAAAUAACAGACUACUAAUACUGGGAUUCAAUGCGACGUUAACAGAACCAGUUGACAUUCCUGGUAGAAGAGGGGGUGAUCAAAUUCGAGAAAUGGAACUGAAACUGCAUCCAGAGCUAAGAGAAUCUCUGACAGCUUUGUGUAGUGAUACAAAGACAACCAUUGUCAUCCUCAGUGGAAGUGACAGAAAUGUCAUGGAUGAGAACUUCAGCGAGUAUAACAUGUGGCUAGCAGCGGAACAUGGGAUGUUUCUACGCCACACAAAGGGGGACUGGAUGACCACAAUGCCAGAACACUUGAAUAUGGAAUGGGUUGACAGUGUUAAGCAUGUUUUUGAGUAUUUCACUGAAAGAACACCUCGAUCGCAUUUCGAACUCCGCCAAACUUCUCUUGUGUGGAACUACAAGUAUGCAGAUGUUGAAUUCGGGAGACUCCAAGCAAAAGAUAUGCUGCAACAUCUCUGGACUGGUCCAAUUUCUAAUGCAUCGGUUGAUGUUGUUCAAGGUAGCCGAUCUGUUGAGGUGCGGGCGGUUGGAGUCACAAAGGGAGCAGCAAUAGAUCGUAUAUUAGGCGAAAUAGUUCAUAGUAAAGCUAUUUCAACUCCUAUUGACUAUGUCCUUUCCAUCGGACAUUUCCUGGGGAAGGAUGAGGAUGUGUACACAUUUUUUGAGCCCGAACUUCCAUCGGAUAGUAUUGGCAUGACAAGAAAUAAGGCAAGUGGUGGUGGUGGUGAUGGGUCCAAGGGUGGUGGUGGUGGAGGUGGAGAGAAAAGGCCACCGGCAACAAAACUUGCAGCUAGCAGAAGUAGUAACAACAACAAUAGAGGAGGAUCAUCUCAUGGGAAGAAUAAUAAUAGGUCGUCGUCGUCAUCAAAUUCGAUAGGGGAGAAGAAAACAAAUAACAGGGCUUCACCAGAAAAGAUAUCUUGGAACGUGCUGGAUCUGAAAGGGGAGAAUUAUUUCUCGUGUGCAGUGGGGAGGAAUCGAACGAAUGCUCGUUAUCUACUGGGUACAUCGGAUGAUGUUGUUUCGUUUCUAGAGGAACUGGCCAGAGCUGUUGGGUCAUCAUCGUCGUACUAUUAGAUUGCCAA